UCAUGAAACACGCGGAUGUAAACAACUCUUGUUGUGGUAAAGGUUAGUCGCGGAUCUCUUUCAUUCGUUGCUCGUCCCGCCCUUUUUCUUCCUUCCCCUUUUUCAAAACCCUGUAAAAAUUUCUUCCGCAUACCAGGGGGUCCUACCUGAUAUGAAAAUCAUUGGUCGAGCUGAACUUGCUGGUUUUGGGGUUUAAGAUGAGGACUAUCAAACAGUUGCCCAAGGAUGUAUACAGUUCACUGCGUUCAAGUGUUGUUCUUUUUGACCUAACAAGGGUAGUGGAGGAGUUGAUUUUUAACAGCAUAGAUGCAAAUGCAACCAAGGUAAAUGUUGGAGUUAGUGUUGGAACGUGCUAUGUUAAAGUAGAUGAUGAUGGACAUGGUAUUACUCGUGACGGGUUGGUUCUCGUGGGUGAGAAAUAUGCAACGUCAAAACUUCAACACUUAGCAGAAAUGGACGCUGCUACUGACAGCUUUGGAUUUCGGGGAGAAGCGUUAAGUUCGCUCUCAGAUAUCUCCUUGUUGGAAAUUAUAACAAAAGCUCGUGGGAUGCCAAAUGGAUAUCGUAAGAUCAUCAAGAGUUGCAAGUGUCUAUAUCUCGGAAUUGACGAUGACAAGCGAGGUUAUGGUACCACAGUCACUGUUCGUGAUUUAUUUUACAAUCAGCCCGUUCGGAGGAAAUAUAUGCAGUCCAGCUCCAAGAAGGUACUGCAUUCAGUCAAAAAGUGUGUACUGCGGAUAGCCCUUGUGCAUCCACAAAUUUCCUUCAAGGUUAAUGAUGUUGAGAGCGGAAAUGAGAUACUGUAUACUACUCCUUCCUCGUCUCCUAUUCCACUAGUAAGUAGUGGUUUUGGGACUGAUGUAUCUAGGUCUCUGUGUGAAGUAAACUUUUCUGAUGAAGUUCUGAAUGUCUCUGGGUACUUAUCUGGUCCUGCUGAUACUUUUUCCAUGAAGGCUUUGCAAUAUUUUUAUAUCAACUCUCGGUUUAUCUGCAAGAGUCCAAUUCAUAAACUGCUCAACAAUCUUGCUGCAAGUUUGAAUAGUUUGGAUAUGUGGGAGGAUGCAUUGGAGCCUCGUAAUAGUAAAAGAUGCAGAAUGGAUGCAUAUCCAGCGUUUAUUCUGAAUUUACGUUGCCCUCGGUCCAGCUAUGAUUUGACUUUUGAACCAUCAAAGACGCUCGUUGAGUUCAAGGACUGGAUUCCAAUACUUUCCUUUAUUGAGCAAGGUUUCAGACGCUUUUGGAGACGAAUUCCACCUCGAGGAGAAAUAUGUAACAACGAAAAUGAAGUUGCACAAAAAGAUGAAAUUCGGAAAGAAGACGAGACAACUCAAGACUUAAUGACUGCAGAGAAAUUUACAAAGUCCACAUUUCCAGUAAAGAAGUGCAAGAUCUUGCUCAAUCAGAGUCGUCUGCAACUUAGCCCGUUCUCCACAUCACCGGAGGUACAUUCUGAAGAUUCUGACAUUUUCUCUCAUUACAAGUACAAGAGAAAGCGAUCUGGAGAAUCACGUGGAAAUAUUACUAAUUUUAAAGAACAUCAGAUGAAGGCUGUAUAUAAUCAUCAAAGCGACAUCACUUUCCAUGAUAUUACUCCUACCUCAUCAAAUGCCUGUAUUUCCAAAUGUGCUUCAGUGGUUAGCCCAGAACAUUGCAGCUUUCGGCAAGCAGCAUUUAAUGAUUCUUUUGCUUCCCAAGAUAACUACUUGUUCCAUGAUUUGAAGAUGAGGCAAGAUACUGGAAACGUGCCUAACCAUGAUAAUUUAGGUGCAAGAUGGGGGAAGGAGUCUCUUGGCAUUGAUGCUGACUUAGCUGAAGUAUCAGUGGCAGACCAGCUGGCAUUUGAUGUAGCUGACUGCAGAAAUGAGAAUGCAUUUCCUUCAAGAUGCUCCGGGGGACUCAAGAAGCCUUUCUUGCGGAGGUGCUCACGAGGAAAUGUGACACCUGAGAAGCCAUUCUUUGGAACUCACCAGCAGUCCUGCAUUCAGAUUGAUGAGCUCAGGACCAAAGGGAGAUUAUUUCCUCCCGAUGAUAGGAUUGGUCACAUUGAUGCCGAUGAAUGGGACCGUAAUAUUGACUUUUUGGUGAACACUCCUUUGAAGAAAUCAGUUGUGGUUUCUCAUCAGCCUUCCAGCAGCUUAUUAGAAUGCAGUAUGACGGAUAUAGAUAUCUUGACGAUGGAUUUCGUUAAGCCCUGUAUGGUUGAUGCAACACGUUUUGUGGAAGAGCGAGACCUUCUAUAUGAUUCGCUUGUGCAAGUCGAGAGAAAAGGAUUGGAUCAUCUUUCCACAGAUUCUGCAUCGUGUGGGGCGUCUCCAUUUUCUAUAUUUGGUACCACUCCUCGGAAAGUUGAAUGUUUCACUGAUAAAUUUGCAGAAGAAAGGAAUUUCGGAUUAUGCAGAAGUGCCAGGUUUGCAGAUGAGGAUGAUGAGUUUCUGGCUUAUGACAUGAUGCAUAACGGUUUCAUUGAUGAAAAAUACCCUGCCACAGGCUGUACAGACACUGAGUUUGAUUCUGAGCAUUUUGUUUCCCCCAAGAGAAAUUGCAGCAGGGAUCUCUAUGACAGAUCCCUGUCUAAGGAUGUUACUUUUCAGAAUGUUGGUUCUUCUUACAGAUUGGUCGACGGUAUAGAGUGGCAAUCUUUUGACACUUUUAAUAUGGAUGAUAUAAAUAACUGUACUGGACCUAUGUUUCCCAGUCAUUCACCCUUACACCAUAAAAAGGGCAUGAAUGCAAGGGGUGAAUCUAUUUCUCAAAAUACUAGCCGUUAUAGUGUGUGUAAGGGAAGAUCAAGGAGGUGCAGUUCCGCACCACCAUUUUAUAAAGGAAGGAAUAAAGUCUCUACCAUGUUGAGCUGUUUGACCACCACUGCCACAAACACUGAUGCAGAAAAAGUUCAAAAUCCCCCAAUUUUACCAGGUAGGCCAGAGAUUAAUGAUUCUAAGCAACCAUCACAAUCAUCUGGUGGAGCAUCUCAUGGCUAUGAAACAAAGCUAGUGGAGGAUUCUCCAUUUAAUUCCGGAAAAUAUGCGGAGGAUCCCUACAAUAUCCAGGACAUGAAGGGAGUUGAGAAGAACGACUGUCAGAAAAAGUCAAAGUUGUUUCAACUGUACACUACUGAUCGAGUUGAAGAAUUUAUCUCAAAUGAAAUGGAAAAUUCAAAGUUAGCUGGGACCAAAUGGCGCCAUGAUGACCCACAGACCUCAAGGGAGAAAGUCAGAGAUUUCCAGGAUGGAGAUGAAUCACACAAUCUGAGUGAAGAGACCGAUGUACUUGACGUCUCUUCAGGGAUCUUACUUCUUGCUGGUGGUUCGGUAGUUCCAGAUUCCAUAAGCAAGGAAUGCCUUGACAAUGCGAAAGUUCUUAUGCAGCUGGAUAAAAAAUUUAUUCCAAUUAUUGGAGGUUCUACACUCGCUGUAAUCGAUCAGCAUGCUGCGGAUGAAAGAAUCCGACUGGAAGAACUCCGUCAAAAGGUUCUACGUGGUGAAGGGAAGACAGUUACUUAUCUGGAUUCUGAGCAGGAGUUGGUACUUCCUGAGAUUGGUUAUCAGUUACUGCAGAAUUAUGCUGAGCAGAUGCAGCAUUGGGGAUGGAUCUGCAAUGUUAAUUCCCAAAGUUCGGGAUCAUUUACCAAGAAACUCAAACUUCUGCAUAGGCGGCAGUCUGCUGUCACCCUCAUUGCGGUACCUUGUAUUUUAGGUGUCAACUUAUCGGACAAAGAUCUUUUGGAGUUUCUGGAGCAGCUUUAUGAUACAGAUGGAUCAUCAACUAUGCCACCCUCUGUUCUCCGAGUCCUAAAUUUCAAAGCAUGCAGAGGUGCAAUCAUGUUUGGAGACGCCUUGUUACCUUCAGAGUGCUCUCUCAUCGUCGAGGAACUUAAGCAGACCUCUCUUUGUUUCCAAUGUGCCCAUGGACGACCCACCACUGCUCCUCUGGUUAACUUAGGGGCCUUGCACAAGCAAAUUACCAGCCUCAGAUCGUGGAGCAAAAAUUCGGAUGAAGUGUGGCAUGGGCUACACCGGCAUAGACCAAGUCUUGAACGCGCAGCAAAGCGUUUAAGUGCAGGUGCAUGAGUGAGAAGCUAACAGCAGUUUUUCAACUCAGGCAUAAUUGAGCAAAUUUUUUAAUUUUUUAUCCUUUUUUCCCCCCUUCAGUAAAUAGCUCGGGCACUCUGAUUAGUAAUCAGUUGUAAAUAAUGUACUUCUGUGUAUGCAUAUAUCCAUCUUCGAAAUGUUCUUAACUGACUCUCGUCUGUAUCACUCUGUAAAUGUAAAAUCAACAGAUUUAAACAAAA